AUGUCGGCGGAUCUGUUUGCAGACUGGAAGAAGGAAGAAGCGUCGGUCCCUGACGUCCGAAGCGGCGCUGGGGGCUCUGGAGGAGGCGCCUACGACGGCGCUCUGUACGCGGCUGGUGCUGUGACGAGUGACGGGAAUCCUGCUGGCGGCCGCAGCAGCAGCAACAACAAUGAUGACUUUGACUUUGAGACGGUCGGUGACGACGACGCGUCGAGGCUCACGAAGCCGGAGAAGCCCCUGUUUGAACUUCGGGAGCACGGUCUUAAGAUCUCCCGUCGCAAGGGGUUCACGCUGAUCUGCAUGGGCGUGGGCAAUGGCGUACUGGCCAUGGGUUCUCAAGAGGGCGUCCUUCUCCGCUGUACGACGGAAGCCACCGACAGCAACGGGACGAUCGAGGAAAUCAUGAUUGAGCCACGUGUAGCCAUGUCUAGUGUGUUCAUUGAUCCCACAGGAGCCCACGUGCUCGUGUCGAUGGAAAAUGGCUCCAACUUUUACUUGCACACGGGAUCGACGCGUCCAAAGAAGCUUCUCAAGACCCAAGGAAUGCAGUUUACGAGCGUAGCGUGGGACCGCCAGUCUGGAUCGCCAGAAGCGUCGGAGCCUAUACUGAUUGGAACUACCUCGGGUGCAGUGUUUGAAGCAGCGUUUGAUGGAGGCAAGGAAAAAGCGGUGACCAAAGUGUUUCAGAUUGCCAACCAGGGAGCAAUUGCUGGCAUCGCUUUCGAGCACUGGCAUCUGCCAUCAGGAGAGAAGCGACACUAUGUCAUGCUCACGACGUCGGCAUCAGGAAAGAGACCGACGCGUGUGUUUCAGUUCAUGAGCGGAGGUCGAGGUGGCUUUGAAGCCAUGUUCCAAGAGUACACGAGUCCGGAUAAGCUACGUUUCCAGGAAAUGCCGGGGGACAUGACGACAGCAGAAUUGCGGUUUUAUGUCAAACAAAGCCGUGAACGCGCAAAAGGCUUUGGCGUACUAACGGGUGAGGGAGUGUACCAUGGAGAUUUCGUGUUCGGACUGUCGAGCACGAUGGAAAACGUGACGACAGGCACAGGAUUGCUAGCGUACCCUAGUAAACCGGAGAAGUCUUCGGACGGUCGUGGAUCAUGGACACCGCCAGUUUCGAUGGCAGUGACCCAGUACCACGUGGUUCUGCUGUUCGCACGCCAUAUUCAAGUCGUGUCGAAGCUGAGUGGUGUGGUUGUGAUGGAAGAAUCGUUCGACUCGCGAGUAGGCAAUGUGCACGGCAUUGUUGUGGAUGACACGUUCAACACAGUGUGGAUCCACUCAAGCCGUCGUAUCUUGGAGGUAGUUAUUGCUGACGAGGACCGCGAUGUAUGGAAGCUAUUCUUGAGCAAGGCUGUGAUGGGUAACGGUGACGAUCGCGAUUUUGAGCAGGCCUUGGCUGUCUGCCGCAAUGGAUGGGAACGUCAGCGCGUGCUGACAGCACAAGCAGACAAGCUCUUCGAUAAGGGGAAGUUUGAUCGUGCUGCUGUUAUGUACGCGAAGACAACGCGUUCGUUUGAAGAGGUGGCGCUGAAGUUUCUCGAAAUCGAGAGUCGUGACUCGUUGCUGUUAUUCCUGCUGCAGAAGCUGAAAAGCUUGGGAAGUGACGAGAAGACACAGCAGACUGUCUUAUGUUCAUGGAUCGUUGAACUGUUUCUGGACAAGUUCAAUGUGCUGAAGGGGAGUGUGCAAGAUGUUGAUGCGCAUGCUAACUUGCUGUUCGAGUUCAAGCAAUUCCUGCAAGAUCAGAAGAGUCAUCUCGAUCCGGCCACGACUUUCAAUUUAAUCCUUAGCCACGGCCGACCGGAUGAGCUUGUGUUCUACGCAACUCUUAUCGAAGAUUACGAAAAAGUGAUUACGUAUCAUGUGGACCGCGGCGAGUACGGAGCUGCAAUCGAGUUGCUUCGUAGCGUAGAAACGUCGAAAGUGGAAGAGCUGUGGUACAAGUAUUCACCCGAGCUUAUCAUUCAUAAGCCAAAGGAGGUAUACGAGGCAUGGCUGGAGGCCGCUACACUGAACCCGACGCGUCUCAUUCCGUCAAUUGUGCGUCAUGUGCACCAGAAGAGCGAUGCGGGCGCGGAAUCGGCCAGCACUACAACAAAAAGUCGCUCCGUUUUGGAUAUGGCCAUUCGGUUCCUGAAGUUUGCCAUCAAGCAGGGCAACCGCGAUCCGACGAUCCACAACUACCUGUUAUUUCUGCUGGCCAAGCACCCUGACGAGCGCUUGCUCAUUAGCUUCUUGCGCAAAAGGCACAAUGGCAAGCAUCUGUUUGACAUUGCCUUUGCUCUGCGCUUUUGCACACAGAACGAAAAGAACCGUGCUUGCAUUUACAUCUACUCUGCGAUGGGGCUAUACCAGGACGCCGUGGAAAAGGCACUGCAAGUCGAUGUGAAAAUUGCCAAGGAAAUGGCUGGCAUGCCCGAGGAUGAUGAGACUCGCAAGAAACUGUGGACGCUGAUUGCCAAACAUACGAUCGACGCUGGAGGUGAGAUCAAGGACGCCAUGAACAUUUUGAAGGAGAGUGAUUUGUUGAAGAUUGAGGACAUCCUGCCUUUCUUCCCUGACUUCGUCCUGAUCAACGAUUUCAAGAAGGAGAUUUGCGAGUCGCUCGAAGUGUACAAUGACCGCAUUGAACAGCUGAAGGAAGAGAUGCAAGACUACACCCAGUCGGCCGAAUUGAUUCGUGCUGACAUGCAGCAACUGCGCAAACGUUGUGCUGUCGUGUCCGGCAACCAACGCUGUGAGCUCACCGGUCAGAACAUCCUGGGUAAGGAAUUCUACCUUUUCCCGUGCUCCCACGCUUUUCACGCUGGCGCACUCCGUCAAGAGAUGCAAAAGCAUCUGAAUAGUUUUCAGCGACAAACGGUAAAGCAGCUUGUUCAGAAACUCAAUGAGCUUUCCACUGAAAUGCCGGCGAGCACGAACUUUUUCCAGCGACCGCUGUCAGCCUUCCCUUUUCUCAACUUGUCGUCGAGCGAGAAGGAAGCGAUGACGCCCGGUUCCGAGGGAAGCAGCGCCGCGACAACCGCAAAGGCAAAAAGUGCUGCGAAAGAGCAGUCCAUUGCGCAGGAGCGUGAGAUGGUGCAGCAAAAGCUGGACGAGAUCAUCGCGUCCGAGUGCAUGUUCUGCGGUGAGGUAAUGAUCAAGUCGAUUCACACGCCUUUCAUCACACCGGAAGACGAGGCGAACGAAGGCAGCGAGUGGGCCAUUUGA